UUAUUUGCGAGGGCUUGCUAUUUCAAAUCUUUAUUUUGUACUUGUAUUAUAGUGUAACAUGAGAUGGAGGCAAAGCAUAUGCAGAUGGUGAUUUUGAAUAGAAGAAUAGAAAAAGAUUCUCGCUGCUUAUCUGUCCACGACCUAAACAGGGCACAAAAGUCAAAUUUUGUGGACGAACUCGAGCAGCUUCCUCGAAGAGUCAAAAUUCCUGAGAGAACUCGUGCCUGAUGCCCCCUUCCACUUGAUAUAAUAUCAAACCCCACCUAACUCAGCAAAGCUAACUGCUCUGAAUCUUGCAUUUUGAUUGAAAUCACUCUGCAAGAUUUCUUCUUUAGAACCACUAGUAGCUCGUAAAUGGAGGGUCUUUUUCCUCUUGUGUUCAGAGCAAUCAAGAAAAACAGAACUCGCCAACAAUAUCACUGUCUUUCAUCAGGAGCUUCUCUCAGCUACAUCAACAUGGCCGAUAUCUGUCCUCAGGCUCAAACUCAGAGCCAUGUCUAUGAGACAGCUUCCACCCAGAAAGUGGCUCAUCAUCUUAAUGCAGGAAACAAUCAUAAUCAUCGUCAUCAUCUGCGACAUAGAUCUGUGGGAGACUUCGAUUAUGGGUUUUCGUCUACUCAGGAGGACAGAACAGACGGUGGCUCUCCGACUCCGAAGCAGCUAGUGCGAUGUGGAAGUCACAGAAUGUUUUCAUGUAUCAAUGGUGUCUAAAGGUUGAUUUCCAAAUUAGUAAAAAAGCCAAGGUUCAACCUCGAUCUUACCUUUACUGUUUCUUCUGCGUCUCACCGAUGAGUUUCCAUUCUGGGUUGAAUUUUGCGCUUUCUUGUCCACGUCAAGGAUUCUUGCUCUGGCAAACUUUCUAGCUAUCAUUCACCCAAAAAAAAAAAAAAAAAUUAGCUAUCAGGUUUUUGGGAUUCACUUCCCUCCGAAAAGUGAAGAAAUGCAGGGUUCCGCAUAUUCAGAUCUGGGUCGGAAGUGGAAACAAAAAUAUAUUCUUCAACGGGGCCCUCGCUGGCUACAGUGAAGGCCGAAGGGUGAAAAAUGGAAUAUCAGUAAAUGCAGAUGGCGUCGUCGUGGUCUUUGAGUUGUUGAUAUCUUAGCUUCGUCAAUGCUUUUGGGAGAAAGGUUUGUCUUAGGAUGUAUGGCUUUUUACGUUGACAGAAGAACAAAGACAUACUAAUGUUGCAGCGUGUCUACCGUUUUUGCCUACUUUUGCAUUCUUUUUCAGGUUUUUUUUUUUUUUUUCUUUUUGGCUGUUUGUAGUGUUUAAACUACUCAAGCGAGGAUGUUAAUUUGGUUAUCACAAUUUCACUUACAUUUUAUCCAGCUCUUGGUUAAAGUUA